UUAAAAUGUUUAAAUUCACUUUUCCCAGUCGAUAAGAAUCUCUUUUCUGAUCGCAUCCGUUUGUAAUUGGAGCACGGCCGUCAUGCCACUUUUCUACCCGUCUUGCGGCGGUUGUCCAAAGCGAUGGACGUGCGAAUGCGGGGCUGUGCGAUAGAUUCCUGUUAAGCUACCUCAGCCUACCUGCAAGCUGCAAUCUCUUAGCAGGAAAAUCUCAGCCGUGAUUCUCGUAUCCCGGGAAUCUCCGUAGAGUGUAUUUGGAUCUUUGUUGCCUGCAAUGGAUGUUCUACAAUAUUUCUGCCAUCCGCUGGAGACGCUGGCGCUGCUGAAGUUGCGAUGGUGGGGCUGCGAAGCCGUUCACGCUAAGUGCGACAUGAAAAAAAUGGAGGAGGAUCGGCAGCUGUGCUACAGUAUGCUCAAGCAGACCAGUCGCAGUUUCUCCGCGGUAAUCAUGGCGCUGGAAAGCGAUCUGGGGUACGCGGUGUGCAUCUUCUACCUGGUGCUGCGCGCUCUGGACACCAUCGAGGACGACAUGAGCAUCCCGCUGGACGUCAAGCUGCCGCUGCUGCGCUCCUUCCACAAGAAUCUCCACAUUCCCGGCUGGAACUACCUCGACAGCCGCGAAAAAGACGCCGUCGUCCUCAACAACUUCCACGUGAUCUCAGCGCAGUUCCGGCGCCUGGCGAAAGGUUACCAGGACGUGAUCAGCGACACGUGCCACCGCAUGGCCGAGGGCAUGGUGGUGUUUCUGGAGAAGAACUCCGUCGUCGACACCUACCAGGAAUGGGACCAGUACUGCCACUACGUCGCGGGAUUGGUGGGCAUCGGUCUGUCGCGUCUGUUCAGCGCCUCGCAGCUGGAGCAUCCCGCCGUGGCCGAGCGCGAGCACCUCUCCAACUCCAUGGGCUUAUUCCUACAAAAAACCAACAUUAUCCGCGACUUCCACGAAGAUAUCCGCGACCAGCGCCGGCUGUGGCCGGCGGAAGUGCUGCGGCACACCGGCAACCCACAUCUGACGCUGGACGACCUCUUGCUCCAGGACAACCGCCCCGCGGCGCUGUCCUGCCUCGACGAACUGGUCGGCAACGGCCUGACGCAUGUCCCGGAUGUCAUGGAAUAUUUACACGCCAUCCGGACGCCCAGUGUCUUCGCUUUCUGCGCCAUUCCACAGGUGAUGGCCAUGGCCACACUGGAACGCUGCUUCAACAACCCCACGAUUUUCACCGGGAAAGUGAAGAUUCGCCGCGGCGAAUCGGCGUUUAUCAUCAACAACUGCACGGAUAUGGCCGCCGUCCACGAGCUCUUUCGUUUCUACACCAACAAAAUUAUGUGGAAGAUGGAGCGCGCCGGGCGUCUGCCGCAGGCGGAAACGUUCAAACGGUCCCUGCGCGCCGCCGGCGCCUGGCAGCCGGUCAACCGGUGGAGCAGCGGCCUGGUGGACGGCGUGGUCAUUGCGUUGGUGGUGGUGGCGCUGUGGAAGCACUGGACACUGGGCCGCGGUUACCUGCGCGGCCGCCUGUGACCCCGUCAUCUCCCCGUGUGUGUCGUCACGUGGUUGUAUGAUUUUCUCAUCUGUGUUCCUCAGAAAGAGAAGUAUUCUAUGGAAAUUUGAUUUUUAUUCGUUUAAAAUAAUGUUCGUUAAUGUGGUGAAUAUCUGUUGCUUUUAAAAAUACCGUUCCAUGUCCCGGUGAAUUUUUGUCCAUUUAAAAGUAAAGUUUCGUAUCGCG